AUGUCAGACGAUCAUAUCCCGCCGAAAAAUCGGCAUGAGUUCAAAAUCGCUAUUCUUUGUGCCUUGCCACUGGAAGCGAGCGUCCUCCAAGGACUAUUUGAUACCCAUUGGGACGCUGAAAAGUAUGGAAAAGAACAAGUAGACACAAACGCUUACUCGCUGGGUGUGCUUGGGCCUCACAAUGUUGUUCUCGUGCACAUGCCCAACAUGGGGAAGGUUGCCACCGCAGUUGCCGCCGCCCAUCUUCGCGCCAGCUUUCGCGGUAUUCAGCUUGCACUGGUGGUUGGAAUAUGUGGUGGUGCUCCUUUCGGGCUCUCCGGUGAACUUUUUCUUGGUGACAUUGUCAUCAGUGAAGGGCUGAUUCAGUACGAUCUCGGGAGGAGAUUGCCGAACACGUUUGUGCGAAAGGAUACUCCUGGAGAAAACCUGCCAAGGCCUGGACCUGAAGUUCGUGGGAUUUUAGCCAAGCUACAGACCAACCAAGGCCGAUGUAAAUUGCAGAACAAAAUGUUAGAGCAUCUUUGGUUAUUGCGCCAGCGAUCUGGCCUUACGAUACCAUAUCCGGGGUUAAUGAAUGACCGCACCGAUGGUGAUGAUUUCUGUUGUUCGGCCAUGGAAGCGAACUGUGAGAUGCUUGGAUGCGGAGACCUGGACACACGGACUCGCACCAGGUUAUUACAAGCAUCAAUCGAACCCCAGCCCAUAGUUCAUUUCGGGCUUGUGGCCACGGGAGAUACCGUCAUGAGAUCUGGAAAAGACCGAGAUAGUAUUGCUGCCCGCGACAAGGUGAUCGCUUUCGAAAUGAAGGGCGCGGGAGUAUGGGAGACAUUUCCUGCCGUUCUAGUCAUCAAAGGUGUUUGUGACUAUGCAGACAGCCACAAAAACAAAUCAUGGCAAAUUUAUGCAGCUGCCACAGCGGCAGCUGCUGCAAAAGCCUUUUUGGAACAUUGGAAUACAAAGACGACAGUCUGUUACUUCUUCUUUAAAGAUGACUUUGAUGAUCAGAAGAGCAUUACCAGUGCUCUCUGUUGUCUUAUGUACCAGCUUUUCCAGCAGAACCCUAGUUUGCUCACUAAAGCCAUCGUCAAUGAAGUCGAAGCUGGUGGGGGACGUUUCCUCGCCUCGUUCAGCGAUCUGUGGCAUAUCCUUCACACCGCAGCCCAAAAUGUUAACGCUGGAGAAGUAAUUUUUAUUCUUGACGCAAUUGAUGAGUGCGAGAAUUGCGGACGGUCUCAGCUUGCCAAAGAAUUGUGCAAGCUAUAUGGCCCCGCGAGCAGCUUCAACAUCAAGUUGAAAUUUCUCGUAACAAGCAGGCCGUUCAGUUACAUUCGACGGGGCUUCCAACCCCUACAAAUGCCUGGAAUGCCUACUAUUCAUCUGAGCGGGGAAAGUGAUGAAGAAAUGAAAAAGAUCUCUGCAGAGAUUGAUAUAUAUAUCAGGGCUAGGGUAGAGGAUAUUGGUGAACGUUUGAAACUGAACCGAAGUGAACGAUAUACAUUAUUGGAGCAGCUUGUUCGAGUACCCAAUAGGACUUAUCUUUGGGUAUACCUCAUUCUGGAUCUUAUCGAGAGCGACAUAAAUAUUGACAGAGCCGGGAUACUUCAGGUUACUGCCAAUACCCCAAAGACAGUUGAUGAGGCCUAUAACAGGAUACUAUCCAAAAGUCAUGAUCUUAAAGAGGCCAUAAGGAUUUUACAAAUUGUUGUCGCAUCUGAAAGAGCCUGUCAUUAG